AUGCUUACACAUCGUGGAUUCUCGGCUUGUAUAAUCUCUGAGGGCAAACCGAUCCCCGAGUAUCUUGCUGCUGUUGUUGGCGAAAACCCAAAGACAAUCUCGUGUUGGAUCCCAAGUGAGGUGGGAAAGACUUUUACAGUAUACUGGAGAGACGAAGGGACAAAAAUGCAUUCAUGCGCGUUUAUUACACUUGACGGAUUCGUAGUUCCUGGUCGGUUCUUGUUUGGCGAAGGGGAGACUUGGAGGAAUGGGGUAAGGUCAGGUCCGCAUACAGAAAGGCCCUUCAUGUUUGCACAGAGGCCAAGCUCGGGUGAGUCAUGA